AUGUCAGAUCUUGAGUCUUUGCUGAAGUACAAUGAAAUUGUCAAGAAGAUGUUUGCUAAUGAAGAAGAAGGAUUUCAGUUCUAUAACGACUACGGUUUUGAGAAAGAAUUUAGUGUGAGGAGAAGCUAUUGUGAGUGGGACAAUGGCCACAAUGAGAUGACUCUUCGGAAGUUCAUUUGUAGUCGUCAAGGUUUCUGUGAAGAGAAGCAGCUGAAGAGGGCGAUUAAGAAGUGGAAGCCGCGGAAUAUUACCCGUGUUGGAUGCCUUGCUAAAUUUGUGAUUGCACGAGAUCAUAUCACAGGAAGAAUCAGCGAUGAGAAAAAAGCUGAGAUUGUGGAGAUGGAGAGUUCUGGCAUCCGCAAACACGAGAUAAUGGAUAUUCCCGCAAAUAUUUGCGGCGGUAGACAAGGCUACCCUGUACAACAAACAUGUGCCCCCAUGGGAAGAGGUAUAAUGAGGAUGACUGAUCAUAUAGAGCGAAAAAAGAAGGAAAGGCACCACCUGCUCGACGAGGUCCAUGUACUCUAUGGUGAGCAGUCGAGCACAGAAGCACUGUAUGGCUCCAUAGUGCACGACUGCGGAGCAAGAGGAGGGGAGCAUAUCAACGAGGUUGGCAAGUGCCCGCGCAGCGAGCAGCAUGACGUGGGGGCUGGCACCAGCGGUGGCAGGCUCAUCCUCGUGGCCGAGCAUCCCGACGAGGAUUGGGACGAAGGCGUCGACGAGGAAGGCGGCGAGCGAGUCCUCGGUGCCGAUGGAGAGCGUCUCGCAGAACUGCAUGAGGGACUGGAGCUGGCGCGACUCGUCGCCGUGCGCCUGCAGGCUGGCGAGGAUCCUCUUGAGGUGACCGGACGUGGCGGAGGAGGGCGCUGA